AUGGAUAUUAAAUUAAAUCAAGAUAAACUUACAAUUCAAGUUGAUCGAAAUAAUGUUACAAUUGCACAUGGUACUUGGGUUGUCGACACUAUAGAAAAAACUAUUUUAGUUGACUUUCAAGAAUUAUCUUUGUCUUCAUUAGACGAUGAAGAAUUACGAACAUUUUUUAACGAUAUUACACUAUUUUUUUUAAAGAUUUACAAUGUUAAAGUUUUCUACCGUAUUCCAAUGCUUUCCAACAGAAAGAUGAUUAAAAUUAAAUCAAAAACAAUAAUGGCAGUUGAAAAAAACGAUUUAAAACAAUUACAAAAUAUUAACAUUGAUCAAAAUAAAUUUUCAUUUACAACAAAUAAAAAAGAAAUUCAUUCGUAUUCAAAACCAUUAACCGAAAUGUUAUCUACAAAUGCUUUUUGGUUGACAAAAACUAAUGAAAAUGAAACCGCAAAUCGAAUAGAUUCUUCAUCAAUAACUCUGAUGAUAUUAUACAAGGAUACCAAUGAAAGUAUUCUUCCAGUUGGUUUUGCACGCCUGUUAACAAGUAGCAAUCAAAAUUUAACGUAUUUAUCCGAUAUUGUAGUUGCUAUAUCUCAUCAAUCGCAAGGAAUUGCUAGUUAUAUGCUUAAUUGUUUAUUUCAAGUAUUUUUGAAUGAUGAUGAUCAUCUUAAAGAUCAUAAUGAUAAAUCAGGUCUUAUAUGUUUACAAUGUGCUGAUCGAGGUAGUGGAGCAGAGUCUGCACCAAAACUGUAUAAAAAGUUUGGUUUUGAAUUUUUAACAGAGUCUGAAAAAAAUAUACCACUGUUUUUAAAUGAAGACUAUGUAAAAUACGAUUGA